AAUUUACUUGAUAGUCGCUAUUUCUAUCUAUUCUAAACGCUGUGAAUUGUCCGUGCUUUACGUACGCACAAAGGAUUUUGGCUCUGCUUCCAACAAGGCUUCAAAGUGGUGACACCAGCUCUAUUCUACGAGAGCAGAGUAGUGCAAUACCAAUACCAAUACCAAUACCAUCUGCAAAACCAAGAUAUAUAACUUGUGCAGUGCAGGUGUUCUCUGUUCAUAUAAACCUCUUUUUUGCUCUUAUGUUCUUCCAAUCAAAUGAGGUGGGGAACGCUAUAGCUUGUUGGGCGAGGGGAAAUAUUGGAAAAUGGAGUCAGGUAAUUAUCUGAAUUCAUCUUCUGCGUCAAGUUCUAAAGAAGCAUCAGCAUCAGCAUCAAACAGUCAUCAGUUCUCUAGUGGAGGAGAACAAGGGGGAUCAUCAUCCGUACAAGUCUUUGAACCCGGGGUGGUAAGUAGUCAUCAGGGCGUCGAACAGUCCAGUGGCAGCAGGAGUACUGCUGCUGGUAUUGAUGAUGCAUCUACUUCUAGGAUUUCCACCAAUGAUAGGGACAGGGAUAGGGAUAGGGAUAGGGAUCGGGAUAGGGAGCCCGUAGUAGUCAACAAGUGGAUGGCAUUUGAGCAGCAAGAGGCCGACAAGUCUUCCAAUCAAGUCAGGGACUACUUAAAUGGUGGGAAUGCUGCUGGAAGAACAGGAGGAAGAGGAGGAGAAGGUGAUCUUAAUUAUAAUCCAGAUGAAUCUUCUCAUGAUGAUGAUCAGACUCAGACUCAGACUCAGACUCAGACUCUAACUGAAGCAAGCAUAGCUGAAAGGUUGGCAGAAUGGGGGGGACAAAUAUUUGGGGAUGGAGAUCAACGAAGUAGCAAAAGCUUAUCUGAGAGAUUUAAGCUGGUGGAAUCAACUAGGACAUCAUCAGAAGACUCUGAACAUGGAUUCCCUAGAGUCUCUCAGGAAUUGAAGGAUGCUCUCGCAACACUGCAACAGACAUUUGUUGUCUCGGAUGCCACCAAGCCUGAUUGCCCUAUAGUCUACGCCAGUAGUGGCUUUUCUACCAUGACUGGCUAUCCCACAAACGAGGUCAUUGGAAGGAAUUGCCGCUUCCUCCAGGGGUCCGAAACGGACCAGAACGAAGUUGAAAAGAUACGGAAUGCUGUCAAAACUGGGAAAAGCUACUGUGGCAGGCUCUUGAACUACAAGAAAGAUGGCACUCCUUUCUGGAAUCUUCUCACUGUCUCCCCUAUUAAAGAUGACAAUGGCAGGACCAUCAAAUUUAUUGGUAGCCAAUCCUGUUGCCUGUCCUCUCUGCUGGUUGACAAAGUUAUCAAUUUCAUACUGGCAAGUGUACUGUUUUUGUUAUCGGCAUGUAUGCAGGUUGAAGUCAGCAAAUAUACCGAAGGUGUGAAUGACAAGGCAUUACGACCGAAUGGAUUGCCGAAGUCUUUGAUCCGCUAUGAUGCUCGUCAAAAAGAGGACGCUUUAGGCUCGAUCACAGAGGUGGUCCAGACUGUGAAGCAUCCACGAUCCCAUAUGCAGUCUAUAAAGCAUGACACUUCUGGCAAGCUUGAAGAGGAGGAAUUCAACCUCGAUUCUAUUCUGCCUAAACCUGCUGAAAUUGAGAUCAUGAGUGCACCUGGCAGACAGACCCCUCAAUUGGAUUCUAAAACUGAUGUACCUCGCGCAAAUUCUUCUCAGGAGUUUGGCAAAAAAUCCAGAAAAUCACUCCGCAUUUCCUUGAUGGGAUUUAAAGAAAGGUCUCUAAGCUAUGCUGGUACUCAUGAAUGUCAACCAAGGAUUGAGCCAGAGGUUCUGAUGACGAGAAACAUAGAACGCAUUGACAGUUGGGACCGUGCUGAACGAGAAAGGGAUAUACGUCAAGGAAUUGACCUAGCAACUACAUUGGAACGUAUUGAAAAGAAUUUUGUGAUAACGGAUCCUAGACUUCCUGAUAACCCAAUUAUAUUUGCUUCUGAUAGCUUUCUGGAGUUGACAGAGUAUACACGAGAAGAAAUUUUGGGAAGAAACUGUCGAUUUCUCCAAGGACCUGAAACAGAUCAAGGAACUGUAUCAAAGAUAAGAGAUGCUAUCAGAGAACAAAGGGAAAUUACUGUUCAGUUGAUCAACUACACUAAGAGUGGAAAGAAAUUCUGGAAUUUAUUCCACUUGCAGCCAAUGCGUGAUGAAAAGGGUGAACUUCAAUACUUCAUUGGUGUUCAACUAGAUGGAAGUGAUCAUGUGGAACCCUUGAGAAACCGCCUUUCAGAGAAAUCAGAGCAACAAAGCACUAAGCUGGUCAAAGCUACUGCAGAAAACGUUGAUGAGGCUGUUCGAGAACUUCCUGAUGCCAACUUGAGACCAGAAGCUUUGUGGGCUAUUCAUUCUCGACCGGUCUACCCAAGGCCUCAUAAAAGGGAUAGUGCUUCAUGGGCAGCCAUACAAAAGAUCACUGCAACUGGUGAAAAAAUUGGGCUAAAUCAUUUCAAUCCUAUCAGACCUCUGGGUUGUGGAGAUACAGGCAGCGUUCAUUUGGUGGAAUUGAAAGGUACUGGUGAACUUUAUGCUAUGAAGGCAAUGGACAAGUCUGUAAUGCUGACUCGUAACAAGGUACACCGAGCAUGCAUUGAAAGGGAAAUCAUUUCUCUAUUGGAUCAUCCUUUCCUACCGACUCUAUACACAUCAUUUCAGACUUCUACGCAUGUUUGCUUGAUUACGGACUUUUGCCCUGGAGGAGAGCUAUUUGCCUUGCUUGACAAGCAACCGAUGAAACUAUUUAAAGAGGAAUCUGCAAGAUUCUACGUAGCAGAAGUUGUGGUCGGCUUGGAAUAUCUUCACUGUUUAGGAAUAAUUUACCGGGACCUGAAGCCAGAGAAUGUGCUGCUUCAAAAGGAUGGGCACAUUGUGUUAACUGACUUUGACCUGUCAUUUAUGACGUCAUGUAAACCUCAAAUUAUAAAGCAUCCUUUGCCUAAGAAGAGAAGGUCUAGGAGUCAACCACCACCAAUUUUUGUUGCAGAACCUGUUACACAAUCAAAUUCAUUUGUUGGAACUGAAGAAUACAUUGCUCCGGAGAUCAUCACAGGUGACGGGCAUAGUAGUGCUAUUGAUUGGUGGGCUCUUGGUAUUUUUCUGUAUGAGAUGCUUUAUGGCCGUACGCCUUUCAGGGGGAAAAAUAGACAAAAGACAUUCGCCAACAUCUUGCACAAGGACCUCACCUUUCCAAGUAGCAUUCCGGUAAGUCUUGCAGGCAGGCAAUUGAUUCAUGCAUUGUUAAAUAGAGACCCUGUCAGCCGUUUAGGAUCAAGCAGUGGUGCCAAUGACAUAAAACAACAUCCUUUUUUCCGUGGAAUUAAUUGGCCUCUGAUCCGCUGCAUGAGUCCACCACCAUUAGAUGUCCCUCUUCAAUUAAUUGGAAAAGAUCCCAAGGCAAAAGAUUUACUGUGGGAGGAUGAGGGAGUGCCUGGUCAUUCCAUGGAAUUUUUCUGAAGGCAGGCUAUCUGUGUGCCGUGUAAGUGUAAGCGAGAGUACACAUCUGUAUAGAUGGACCACACCUGGGUCAUGCGCUUUACUCAAAAUGCAGUGCUUGUGUGAUUAGCAGGAAGGAAGGAAUUUCAGAUUGUACAUGACAGAAUGGGGUCAAUAGCAAUUUUUGCCUUUUUGUUUUUAUCCUGUUGUUUGGAGAUUUUUGAGCUAUAGGCCUUAUUAGCUGUUAAACUUCUCUUUGAUUAAGCUAUCAGAUGACUUUUCUUAGCAUGUUAUUUUAGUUUCCCUUAGCUGCUGAUGAUGGUAUGUAAUUGGUGAAUACCAUGAUGGGGUGUCCUCCUGUCUCCCCAAUCUUUGUGGUGAAAUGGUAUUCUGACUGCGUUGUAUUUUAUGGCUAUGAUACAAAGGAGGAAUUAUUUGGUGCAGUUAAAUAAGCCGUGGCUGGGCUGUCCUUUGCAUAAACUAUAUGAUAAAUCACCCACCAAAUUGAUUCUAAA